ACCAUUUUAGUUAGGAGAUGGAUUUGUUUACUACCAACACUGCUAGCUAAACACAUAUAUAAAGGGGACAACAAACCAUUCCCACAAGUCGUUUCUUCCAUUUGAUAUUCUCCCUCUUCAUUCUACGUUUUUGGUGUGUUUAUUGCGUGUAAAUACCUUCGCUGCAUUUUGAGUAAGUGGUCAAAUUGUCAUGUCUUGGCAUUGGCGGGGCACACCUUCAUACCACAUUUCCCUGUUAUGUCAAUUAAAUUCACCGUGUUGAUCAUGUCGGCUAACAAAGCAUCUCUUUCCUUUCAUAGAAAGCUUCGACUUGUCUUCCUCAACAUACCCAUCCAUUUACUUCUUUUUACGAGUCUUCGAAUAUCCUCAAAAUCAUAAUACAAAAUGGCACAAGCUUUGAAAAGCGCUCUCCCUUCCCACCUCAAGCCAUCGACCUUAUCUCCAAAUGAUAACGGCGAAUUCGCUCGCAAGCACCAUGGCAAAACACAAUCACACAUGGUAUGUGCUGUCCUUUCCUGAAAUUUCAACUUUCACCGUCUCUUCGGUCAUGGAUUAUCUAUGGGGACCCGAUUCUUCGCCCUUCAAAAUGGCAGAAGAGAGAACCUUCUGGUGUAAACAAACCAAUGCCAACGGGCAAGACGCCAUACUUCAAAAGAGUCUUGCUCCCAUAGAAUAUAAUGGCAGGAGAUGAGUUUUGUAUCAUCUAGUGGAUGACCAAACUUACUGAAUCUUCAAAUGACUCAAAGAUGGAGUGUGUAUUUACCUGGAAUCUGCAUGCAUGUUGCAACCGGCUCAGAAGGAGCAAAAGUGCUACAUCAUCACAGUCCUGAAGUCAACAUACAAUAUGAGUCAAAGUUCGAUGUGAACCCACCGCCUGCCGAAUUACAUCCUUCCUUUUCCUUCUCUUCCAUACCCAGGGAACAAUAUUUCAAUAAACCCGCUACUAUGAAACCUCCAAGUUCAGUCGGGCUAACAGACAAUAACCAGGCUUUCGAGAACACCUCGACAUCUGUAGCUGCUAGUCAAAUGCGAAAUGCUCUUAACAGCCUGGCAGACACCGUCUCGGACCCCGAAGAGAAGAAGGUAUUUCCCGAGCACUCUUCCGCAGAUGAAUAGCAUAUAUCUAACGCUUUAUAGCUCUUCGAGACUGAGAUGGACAACUUCUUCGCUCUUUUCCGCAGAUACUUAAAUGACAAGGCAAAGGGAAACCAGCUGUGAGUAUCAGCCCCUCCGCGUCGACGGUUAUAUAUUGUCUAACGAAACAAUAGUGACUGGGACCGUAUUGCCCCACCUGCCCAGAACCAAGUCGUCGAUUACAAUGAGCUUGCAAACUCCGAGUCUGUUGGAUUCCUUAACAAAUUGGCUGUCCUCAAGCUUAAUGGUGGUCUCGGUACUUCCAUGGGUUGUGUUGGUCCCAAAUCAGUUAUUGAGGUCCGUGAUGGCAUGUCCUUCCUCGAUCUUUCCGUCCGACAAAUCGAAUACCUUAACCGCACAUACAACGUCAAUGUUCCUUUCGUGUUGAUGAACUCUUUCAACACUGAUGAUGAUACCUCAAGCAUUAUCAAGAAAUAUGAGGGACACAACAUUGACAUUCUCACAUUCAACCAAUCUCGAUACCCAAGAAUCUUGAAGGACUCGCUCCUUCCUGCACCAAAGUCUUUCGACUCACCAAUCUCUGACUGGUACCCACCAGGACACGGAGAUGUUUUCGAGUCUCUCUACAACUCUGGCAUCCUUGACACUCUCAUCAAGCGAGGUGUUGAGAUUGUUUUCCUUUCCAACGUUGACAACUUGGGUGCUGUCGUCGAUCUUCGCAUCUUGCAGCACAUGGUUGAGACCAAGGCUGAGUACAUCAUGGAGUUGACCGACAAGACCAAGGCCGAUGUUAAGGGUGGUACCAUCAUCGAUUAUGAAGGUUCUGUCCGUCUCCUCGAAAUUGCUCAAGUACCAAAAGAGCAUACCAACGAGUUCAAAUCUAUUAAGAAAUUCAAGUACUUCAACACCAACAACAUCUGGUUGAACUUGCAAGCUGUCAAGCGCAUUGUCGAAAACAACGAGCUCGAGAUGGAAAUCAUCCCAAACAACAAAUCCAUCCCAGCUGACAAGAAGGGCGAGUCUGAUGUCUCAAUCGUUCAGCUCGAAACUGCCGUCGGAGCUGCCAUCCGCCAUUUCCACAACGCCCAUGGUGUCAACGUGCCCCGUAGACGUUUCUUGCCAGUCAAGACCUGCUCUGACUUGAUGCUUGUCAAGUCGGACUUGUACUCAUUGAAGCACGGUCAACUUCAAAUUGACCCCAGCCGUUUCGGUCCAGCUCCUCUGAUCAAGCUCGGUAACGACUUCAAGAAAGUUUCUGACUUCCAGAAGCGUAUCAGCAGCAUUCCAAGAAUCCUCGAGCUUGACCACUUGACCAUCACUGGUGCUGUUAACCUUGGCAGAGGUGUUACCCUCAAGGGUACCGUUAUCAUUGUAGCAACUGAGGGACAAACUAUCGAUAUUCCUCCCGGAUCCAUCUUGGAGAAUGUUGUGGUUCAAGGAUCCUUGAGACUGUUGGAGCAUUAAGGGGUUUAUUGGUCUGCUUGCGUUGAGCGAUGGCCUUAGUGGAUCUCCUGUUUAUAUGAUCCACCAUGCCGCAUGAAUUAUUACGGUUUGAUGGUUUGGCAUGGCUUCUUAAUACGAUGAGUUAGUACCAUACAGACUAGAUGAGGAAAACUAUUUUAAAGUUUUAGCACAAUGAUUGCGAUUACCACAGUUUAAUACCAAAAUUCACAUAAAUAUUCCUUUAUUCGACC